GAUAGUAAUGCAGAAAAAGAUUUUAAUCCACCGUUUAUGUUUGAAUUAAAAUGUGACAAUACAAGUGUGAGCAGUAAUAAUAACAUGUCACCAUUUGAAUGUGUAUACGAUUUUUGUUCAAGCCUAGAAAAUUUUUGUAAAUCGAAAGCAGCAAUAAAUAAUCGUUGGGACAUUGAGAAAGAUUGGCAUAAAUUAUUACUAGCUUGUAGUUCUCAUAAUUAUGAAAGGUUUAUGUGGAUUCAUUUAACUUUUCAAGCAGAUAAAAAUGUAAAACUUGGCUGGAAACAGGUAGUUCGACGAUUAAUGACAAGAUUUGACGAUCCACAGAGAAUUAUAUCAUUACGUUCAAUACUUACUAAUUUUCGAUAUCAACCA